CUCUUCUUUAUGUUUACUUUGUUGUUGCACUAAUUGCGUUUAUCAGCAUCUGUAGUAGAAUUCCGAGAUUUACUUUGAAAAUUUUUUGUAUUAUUUAACAAAAUUAUCGGUGAUAAACGAAAACUUACGUUGACAAAGUGAGUAUUGGUCUUUUCAAAGUCUAAUUAGAACAUUGUUUUAUAACCAGAAUCCUAAAGUUCAGGAGCUCGACAAUAGAACGUCAACAAGAUGGAUAUAAGCGACAGCUUUGAUCAUCAACAGCAACAACCGCAACAAUCUGAUAAUCUACAACAGCAACAUCAACAUCAACAGUUGCAAAUGCAAUGUGAACCUACUUUUCAAGCACAAAUGAUCAAUCCUGCAGCCACGCCCAUGCCGGUGCCAUUUGCUGCACCAGCUACAAAUGGAUUUGAAUCCACAACGAUAAAUCCAUCAUCCUCGCCUCCUUUCUUGUCUUCUGGCCAAGCCAUUCCUUUACCGCCACCACCGCAAAUGAAAUCACCUCUAAUACCCCAACUGCAACAACAACCGCAAGGCUUAGAGCAACAACAUUACUUAUUACAGCAACAGCAACGUUUAGGUAAUGAAGUCGAUAUUGACUCAUUACUACUCCAACAAUUUAGCUGUUUAGGUACAACUGAUCAUGAGGAUUUGGUUAGACAAUUCCAAAGCCUCAUGAAUAAUCAAGUAGAUCAAGAUGCGGCAAAAUUUUAUUUGGAAAUGAGUAAUUGGAAUUUACAAACAGCUGUCGGUUGCUAUUUGGAUAUUCAUACUUUUCAAACGCUGCCUUCGAUGAAAAUUCUUAACCAAUCACGACCAAGUGAACAUCAACAGGCGUUUAGACUACAAAACGAUGGUACCAUCGACUGGCCAAACGGAUGCUACUUAACAGCACCUAGUCAAAAGCGGCGCAUUGAAGUGCCUGCUUUAAAGCCAGGAGAAACUUGUGAUAUUUUAGCUGAUAUUCCUCCAACUCAACCGGCGAUUAUGUGGAGAUUAUGCACACCUAAUGGUUGGAAUGUAGGAGAACCCAUUUGGAUGGUUCCGCCAGGCAUGGCAGAUUCACAGGCUGAACUCAGUGACCGCAUGUCACAGUUAUUGAUGUCGACAGAUGCGUCCAAUAGCGAAAGUUGUCCACAAGUGAAUGUUGUGAUAUCAGUAAAUAUGGAAUGAAAAAAAAUAUAUUGAGCGAAUGCAGCGUGCGGGAGAGUGUUUAUUUAAAUAAUAUCUAUACAAUUUGUUUGUUUUACAUUUUUAAACGAAAUUCUUUGUAAUGGUCGUUAAUUUUUUCUUUUUUCCUAAUUCGCAUGCAUAUGCAUACAUAUAAAUGCGUAUACUUACAUUUCUUUUACUAUUUGUGUUUCAAAAAAUCUAAAAAAAAUGCAUUGGUACUAAUAAAUUUAGAAAUGGUUUAACAAUUUUAUUAUACCAUAGAAGAGUAAGAACAAUAUUGUACCCUUUAAACAUACAUAUUAACAAAUAGGUAUAUUUUAUACAUAUAUUGGCGUUCAUCUAUUUACGUCUGUAUAUAUAUGUAAAAUAUGUUUUUUUUUUGCUUGUGUAUAUGCAAUUGUACGAGUACCUACAUAAGUAAAUGCAAACAAAUUAUUUUACACGCUCAAUAGGUAUAAGUAUGCUUAUUUAGUUUGAAAUAUAAUAAAAAGUGAAGUUCAUGGAGCUAAGAAAAAGUA